AUGGAUGCCAACAACCACGCCGAAGUCCACAAACCUUCUCACCUGUGGCGCUACCUGAAAGCGACGAUACCAUCAAACACACACAUCAUCGAAGUCGAACUCCUGCUACUUAGCUUUGCAACCGGCAUUCAAGAUGCAAUUGCCUACCCGGACUUCUCGUGCUUCGCCUCUAACCAAACUGGCAAUACUAUCAUCCUUGCUAUCGGCGCUCUGGGCAUCUCAUCCAACCCAUCCAGCCACGUGGACGUCAUCAACGCCAUCAUCUCGCUCUCUUGUUUUGCUGCAGGAAUCUUGAUUCUCGGUCAACUCGCAAACUGGCUGGGCGUCAGACAAAUCCGCUGGUGGCUAUUGGCUUCGAACUUGUUGCAAACGGCUCUGAUGGCUGCAGCUGCGGGUCUGUCGACUGCAAGUGAGCAUUCCAAACCCCAAUACUCGAAAGCUGCACUAGCAAUGUUGGCAUUAUCGUCAGGUGCUCAGGUGGGCAUGGUGCGAGCACUCAAGAUCACUGAUAUCACUACUGCAAUGGCGACAGCAGCUUACAUCGACGUCUUCAUCGAUCCAAUUUCGUAG